AUGUCUGGAUUUCUUGAGAAUGCAUACAGCCUGGUUCACCAGGACAAUGCAGCAGAUGUUCCCUCAGUCUCCGAUCUGCGCAUGCAGCUAGAGAAGGGCACCGACGACACCAAGGUCGAGACCAUGAAGCGUGUCCUGACAAUUAUGCUCAAUGGCGACCCGAUGCCGACCCUGCUCAUGCACAUUAUUCGAUUUGUCAUGCCCUCUAAACACAAGGCACUCAAGAAGCUUCUCUAUUUUUACUAUGAAAUCUGCCCUAAGCUGGACGCUAGCGGAAAGUUGAAGCAAGAGAUGAUUCUUGUUUGCAACGGCAUUCGGAACGAUCUCCAACAUCCAAACGAGUAUAUCCGUGGCAAUACUCUGCGGUUUCUUUGCAAGCUGCGGGAACCAGAAUUGAUCGAACCACUCCUGUCAUCUGCGCGAUCCUGCCUCGAGCACCGACAUGCAUACGUCCGCAAAAAUGCUGUCUUUGCUGUUGCCUCAAUCUACUCUCACUCUCCUACCCUCAUUCCCGAUGCCGCUGAGCUUAUAUCCGCGUUUCUGGAUGGUGAGACGGACGCUACUUGCAAGAGGAACGCAUUCGCAUCGUUAUCUAGCAUCAACCAUGAUGCCGCACUCCUAUAUCUCAGCUCCGUAUUUGACGGCAUUCCAAAUGCCGAGGAGCUACUACAGCUGGUGGAACUCGAGUUCAUCCGUAAAGAUGCAGUCCAAGAUUCGCCAAACAAGGCCCGAUACCUCAGACUUAUCUUUGACUUGCUGGAGGCUGGCGCAUCAACCGUCGUCUAUGAGGCGGCAUCCUCUCUGACCGCCUUGACAAACAACCCAGUCGCAGUAAAAGCUGCUGCAACCAAGUUUAUCGAGCUCAGCAUCAAGGAGGCUGACAACAACGUAAAACUUAUCGUCCUGGACCGCGUCGACCAGCUACGCAAAAAGAAUGAGGGUAUCCUGGACGAUUUGACCAUGGAGAUCCUUCGAGUCCUCACAAGUACAGAUAUUGAUGUCCGCAAGAAGGCUCUCGGCAUCGCCCUGGAUAUGGUCUCGAGCAAAAAUGUCGAAGAGGUUGUCCUCCUCCUCAAAAAGGAGCUCGCCAAGACAGUCGACCAGGAGUAUGAGAAGAACGCCGAGUACCGGUCUCUUCUGAUUCACUCAAUCCAUCAGUGUGCCAUUAGGUUCUCGGAGGUUGCUGCGAGUGUAGUAGAACUUCUGAUGGAUUUUAUCACGGAUUUUAAUAACGCAUCUGCUGUGGAUGUCAUUAACUUCAUCAAGGAGGUUGUGGAGAAAUUCCCUCCGCUCCGAAAGUCGAUUGUGGAGCGUUUAGUUGCAACUCUGGGUGAGGUCCGUGCUGGUAAGGUCUACCGGGGAAUCAUGUGGAUUGUUGGUGAAUACUCCUUGGAGGAGAAAGAUAUUCGAGACGCUUGGAAAAGAGUGCGAGCUAGCUUGGGCGAGAUCCCGAUACUGGACUCGGAACUUCGACUAUUGGAGGAGCAAGAUAGUGACAACAAACCGGAGGAGCAGCUAAAUGGCCAUUUCAAGCCUUCGACGCCGAGUGGCUCCCGAAAGGUCCUCGCGGAUGGCACAUACGCGACAGAAACUGCACUCACUAGCCAAUCAACAGCUGCAGCCAAAUUAGAAGCUGUCAAGGCCGCCCAGAAACCACCUCUGCGGCAGCUAAUACUCGAUGGGGACUACUACCUGGCCACGGUCUUAUCAUCCACGUUGGUCAAGUUGGUCAUGAGACAUUCCGAAAUCUCAACCGAUGAGGCGCGAACCAAUGCCCUGAGGGCUGAGGCAAUGCUCAUCAUGAUCUCUAUCCUCCGCGUCGGGCAGUCUCAGUUCGUGAAGGCACCAAUUGACGAAGACUCUAUGGACCGCAUCAUGUCCUGUGUGCGAUCCCUGGCAGAGAUGAACGGGAAGAAAGAAUUGGAAUCCGUAUGGCUAGGAGACACACGGAAGGCAUUCCGGGCCAUGGUCCAGGUGGAGGAAAAGAAACGAGCUGCUAAGGAGGCCUUUGAGAGAGCCAAGGCUGCUUGUCAGGUUGAUGACGUUGUGCAGAUCCGACAAUUAUCAAAGAAGAAUGGGAACGACGGCCUAGAUGAAAUCGAGAUGGAUCUGGAGAGAGCAACAGGUGGUGAAUCGACAGCCGAGGAUCUUUCCUCCAAGCUCAGCCGAGUUGUGCAGUUGACAGGCUUCUCCGAUCCUGUCUAUGCCGAGGCCUACGUCAAAGUGCAUCAGUUCGACAUCGUGCUGGAUGUGCUUUUAGUCAAUCAGACGACUGACACAUUGCAGAACCUAUCAGUGGAGUUUGCCACACUUGGGGAUCUUAAAGUCGUGGAGCGGCCGACAACACAGAACUUAGGCCCACACGACUUUCACAAUGUCCAGUGCACAAUCAAGGUCUCAUCAACAGACACUGGGGUUAUCUUUGGCAAUGUUAUAUACGACGGGGCUCACUCCACGGACACGAACGUCGUUAUUUUGAAUGACUUGCAUGUGGAUAUCAUGGACUACAUCCAGCCGGCCACCUGCACCGAAACUCAGUUCCGCACCAUGUGGACCGAAUUUGAGUGGGAGAAUAAGGUCAACAUCAACUCUAGAGCCAGUUCGCUUCGAGAAUUCUUGAAGCAGUUGAUGGCUUGUACGAACAUGAAUUGCCUUACUCCAGAAGCCAGCCUCCAGGGCGACUGCCAGUUUCUGAGCGCUAAUUUGUAUGCCCGCAGCGUUUUCGGGGAGGAUGCGCUGGCCAACUUGAGCAUCGAAAAGGAAGGUGAGGAUGGGCCAAUCACGGGCUUUGUACGAAUUAGAAGCCGGUCACAGGGCCUAGCGCUGAGCCUAGGCUCACUCAAGGGGCUGAAUAAGAUUGGUUCGUCGUAG